AUGGCCCCCUCUAUCGAAUCAGUCGUUGGCCUUUGCCACAAGGCCACGGUCCUUGGCAACAAAAUAUCAAUACAUAUGCUCGAAUAUGUUGGUACCGUCGAAAAGCAUGGACAUCAGUUCGAUGAUCUAGCACAAGAUUUCCUAGAAACAUGUCGAAUAAUGUGGUCGCUUGAGGCUGGUCUGACGGAGUGCUCUAGGAGCAACCAAAGGUUCCCACCCGAGAUGAUCACGGAGCUCGAGAAGAAGUUUAGGACUACCAACACCGACUUUCAGGUUCUCGAUCACAUGUUGAGCCGCCUCCUAGAAUAUGAGAAGAAGGGUACUGUCGGGAAAAUCCAAAAAGGGUGGCGCAAGAUGUUCGCCGAUAACGAUGUUGAAAAAAUGAGGGAGAACUUAGCAAAGACCAGGGAAGCGCUAAGAAUGAGCGCACUCGUCUUUCAAUGGUCUUUGGGAGACGCAAAGGUUGACGAAUCUGUCGGUAUCGGUUAUGUCGGCCUUGCUGCCGCGCUCGAGCGCAUGUCGAGAGGAAAGACUGUAGCCGGUAUAACAAAGCUAAAGUCUCUCAGCAACAAUACUGUCGUUACUCAUCAAGUAGAAGAGAUACCCUCCGGGUGGCCUUUACCACCACCUGCCCCUCCAAGUAAAGGCUCGGUCACAGAUCAUUCUUCUUUCAGAACGCGUGAAGAGGUCCAUCAUCCGGUUGCUCAUUUAUUACCCGAGAUCCAGCGGGAGCCAUCAAUAUCAAACUACACAAUCGGUAGUGCGGCUUCUUCUUCUCGUGGCGCUCGAGAACGUGUCGUCUCGACAACAGCCGAUCUUAUGGGCCGUUCUGUCGCUCACAGCACUGCGGCAUCUGGUGGUAUUACGGAAGUCGAUACACUAGUUGAGGAAAUGGAUUCAUAUGAACCUUUCAAAGUCGUUCGCUUGAAGGCUGAUCCUCUUGCUAUGCCUCGGUGGAGUCCAAGGAAUACAGCAGGAAGCGAUACUUCCUCAUUAAGAGAAGCUCUAUUCUCCGCCGUCGACUCAGGGAAUCACAAGUUAGCCGAACAAUUAUUAGAUCGAGGCGCUUCUCCAAAUAAUGGGUCUGAUGUGCACAUCUUAAACCAAGCAAUUGCGCGUCACGACUCGGAGACUGUUCGCAUUCUCUUACUUUUCGGAGCUGAUCCGAACGCUCCGGAUAACCGCAAUAUCACUCCUUUACAUUUGGCUGUUGAAGAAUCAUUCAGGGACGCUCUUAUUAUGCUACUGAAAUACGGUGCAGACCCGAACCUCGCAGCGGGACCCGAGUCCGAGACACCGUUUAUUAUGUCCGUGAUUGAAGACAAGUUCGAGUUGACUCGCAUACUUCUUAUGUAUGGUGGUGAUGUCAAUCAUGUUAUGAUCAAUGGUGACACUGCCUUGAUGACAGCUAUCAUAAAGAAGAGGACGAAGAAGAUUAUCGAUAUGCUCCUUCAAUAUGGCUCAGAUACCAAUACCAAGAAUAGAGAAGGUCACACCCCACUAUUUGAGGCUAUUCAAUCGGGUCGUCUCGAGAUUGUUACAAGCCUGCUAGAUCAUGGAGCCAACCCGAAUCUUCCCGGACCAAAGCAUAUGGUACUCUUCCGUAGGCUUUGGCCGGCUGCGGGGCUACCUCGUAUCCUCGAUUUACUCCUUUCUCGUGGCGCGGACCCCAAGAAAGCCCCUGGUAUUAUGGAAUUGGCGACUUCUAUCAACAACAUAGACUCCGUGCGUGUAUUGCUAAAAGCCGGCGUCGAUCCGAACGCCAAGAAGGAUGGCAUCUAUACACCACUUUGCUCAUCUAUUCGCGAUAAUCGUGCCGACAUAUUUGAGUUGCUCCUCGCGAAUGGCGCAGAUCCCAACGUGCCGAGUGCUGAAUAUCCGGCAUUCAAGUGCGUAACACAUUAUCGAACUCAGUAUCUUGCCCCAUUGGUAGCCGCUGGGGCCGAUCUCAACACUCCCAAGGGUGUUCUCGAAACUGCAGUACAGUUUAAGAAUGUCGAAGCACUAUACUGGUUGCUGGACACCGGAAAAGUGUCGCCUAACCACAAGACUCCCAAGACCGGUGCUACACCAUUGACUACUGCGAUUCGGGAAAAUCGUCCCGACUUAGUGGAUCUCCUUUUAUCCCGCGGCGCCGAUCCUAACGUUAGAGGCGAGAACUGGCCUGUAUGCAUGGCUGUGAGCCAACCCACAAUUCUUAAGCGUCUAUUACCUGCAUUAGCAGAGCCACGUGCCUUUAAGGGUGUCAUGGAGAUGGCUGUCGUAGCCGACCAGCUUGAGAGUGUAAAGCUACUCCUCAAGGCUGGUGUUAGUGUGGAGGACCGUAAUGGCGGUGUCUUUUCGCCAUUAACCACAGCUAUCCGUGAGGAUCACAAGGAUAUCGUACACUUCCUACUGGAGGAAGCUGGUGCUGAUGUUAAUGCGCCCGGAGAGCACUUGCCGAUCGUCAAGGCGCUGCGACGAGUACACGGAGCUGAUACGGAAAUUAUUGAGUUACUUUUGAAGCAUGGCGCGGAUCCAAAUAAGAUAUACCGUGGCCACAAUGCUUUCAUCCAGGCCAUCGAGAACGGCGACCCGGAAAUCCUUAGGCUCCUUAUCGACAAGGCGGGCGUCGAUCUUAAUGUUAGGGAUGAUUCCGGAAUGACGAUAACUGAGAUCGCUGCUCAUCGGGGUUGGGAAGAAGGUCGACAAAUUCUAUUGAGUGGGAGAACAAUAUCGUAG